GUCAUCGUUCGAGAUGUGUCACUCUGUUAAAGUAAACAGUAGACAUGAAAUUUAAGAGAGUAUCCUUCAGUCAAGUUUCCAAAAACGAGGACACCUGUGAGUGUGACGUUUAUCCUAUCGCGCAGCCUUGUGUUCUGGAAUAUUUUAAGUCUAUUUCGAGCAGCCGCUGAGUAAGGCGAACUGCACUCAACGAGACAUGAUCCAAGCACGAAGCUGCACUCUCCAAGACUGUUUUUUAUUGUAAAAUAACGUCACAAUUUCUCCAUUAUCAAAAAUGGAUCGUGCGUUGAAACGGGAAUGUGAGGGGGAACAGCCAGAAAUGGAGGAAAUGCAGGACGUGGGGUCAGAAAUGAUCAAUAUCGACGACGAAGAGGAGAUUGAGGAUCUUCACAACAGUUUAAAGGAAGCUGUGCAAGAUCCAUCCGUGAAACCCAAACUCCAGUGCCUGAUGGUGGACCCAUCCUUCUCCAUGGUGACUGUUCAGAGCGAGGACAGUGGGAUAGUAUGGGAGACUGCAUCCAGUAGAUGCUCAACACCAUGGGCCUCAGAGGGAAGCUCGCCAUCAGAACAAUGCAGUCUGGAGGGGUCUGGAACACAGGGCAAUAUUGUGAUCAUAAUGGAUGAAGAUAAAAUCAAGAGGAGGAAAAGAACAAGCAGCAGAGGCAAGCUGGGCGACCGGUUUAGAAAGCCAAGCUCCAGACUACCAAAAAGUCGAGUAGGUGAGGAAAGACUUGCAAUGACUGAGGUAUCUGUGCCGAACAUCAGAUCUGAAAAACAUGAAGAAAGUCACUCUGUUGAAAGCAAUGAUCAAGAUUAUUUUAAUUUGAUAUCAGAGGGUUUCGAAAUACUCAAUAUAGUUGUGCCAUCAAAGCUACCGACCGUAGAUGAGGAACAAAGCACUGAACUGGCGGAGAAUUUGUCCUACUUGGAGGACACACCCAAAAUAAAAUCCAAGUAUAAGCAAUAUGAAGCUCUAGCUCCAAGCAGUCCUUGGAACAUAGAGAUAGACAUCCAAGAAAUAAAGCAGAAUGAGAACUUGAAGGAUUUGUCUGAGAUCUCCACUGAUAAACAACCCAAGAAGGAUGAAACUCAAAUGGACUAUCUUGAGAAAUUCACACUUUUGGAUGAACAAGCACCUAGUGAUAGCACUACAUUGACAGAGAAGCUUAUACCAGAAGUGACUGUCCAGCCAGAGGAUCCUCUGGUGAAUCAGAAUGACACAACAGCAGAUGAUGCUCUUGAUGAAUCCUUUGUCAUCAUCAGUGAUGUUGAAAUGUCAGGAGAACAUCUUGACGAAGUAUUCUACGGAAGUAGCUUCAAUGAACAGCCUAAAGUUCCUCAAGAGCGUGAGGACCGAGAUGGAGCGAAAGCAAGCUCUAAAACUCUCAAAGAAAGUGGAUCAGUCUUAUUUGGAAGUCAGGAAUGUAUCCUCACGCCUGUGUUCCUCCCCACUGGACCUCCGAAGAUCAUAGAUCUUGUACUUCUUGAGGAGCCACGAGCAAUGUCAUUCCACUACUCAGACCUUUAUGAAGACGCAUUGGGAGACAGGAAGAAAGAAGAUGAUUUCUCAGAUACAGAGAGUGUAGUCUCAGAAAGGUCUUUCAAAAGGCGAUAUUCAGAUUCAGAUGACGCAGAUGGUUAUCUGGAGAAAUUCAUAUUGAAGGAUGAAACUCCGGUGGUUGACAAGGUAUCUGAUGCCAGAAGAGGGAAAGAAGGGGAGAGAUUAGCAUGGUCACAAAGUAAAUUUGAACUAACUGGAUGUUUAGCAUGUGCAAAAGAAGAAAAUGGUGAAUUAACUGUCAGCCAAUCAGGCGAGACGGAUAAAAAUGAAAGCAUCAGCGAAGAGGAGUGUAAGUCCACAGGGUGUUGUUCACCAGGACAUUGUGCUCCAGUGGAAACGGUCAUUAGGAAAACAGUCACAUCAGAGGACUUGGUCAUGAAACAGGGUACGGAAGUUAAAAAACAAUGUGAUGUGACUGUCAUUACCAAGUACAGUCUCACAACAAAAAAUUAUUCUGAUGACAUACAACCUCAAAAAGUUGCUCAGGUACUUGAGCCAGAAAGCAAAUUUACCAAUAAAAAUGAAGAACAAAUAAUUCAUGAACACAGUGGACAAGAUAAAACAAAGAAGACUGCUGAUAUUGAAGUGCUUGGUUUAGCACAUGAAGAUGUUAUUAAAACUAAAGACGGAUUUGAAAUUAUAUCUAUAACAAAGGAUUCAGAGAAAAUCCAGGCUGAUGUACCUCAUGCAGUUGAAGCAAUUGGUGGUUCUGAGGACAGUGUUGGGAAACAUCAAGGAGCAGCUGAUGUACUUGUUGAAAUUCAGGAAACAAGUAUUAUUACCAAGGAAGACAAAGGCAAGGAUGAUACAGCCAAGACACAAGGCAAAGUUCUUUUAGAGCCAAAUACAGCUGUGAAGGUUUAUAAAGACAUCCCUGAAAUAGUUAAAGGAGAAACUCCAGAAAUAUUUGCUCUGGAGGUUAUUAGCAUCAAAGAACCUCAGUUAGGUAAAACAGAACCCAAAGCUGAAGAAAUACAACCUUUGAAAGUAAAGAAAGAGGUCAAACCUUCAGAAGAGUCUGAUAUAAUUACAAAAACACAUGUUACUGAAGCUGAACUUUCUGCAAAAUCCUUAGAAAAUACUAAAAAUAGAGAAAUAUUAGCUAUUGUUGAGGAUAAAGGGAGUGACAGUGCAAGUAAAAGAAUGAUACCCAAGAAGGAGAAACUAGAGCAAGUAAUUGACAAAACUGGUGAUACUCCAGUGCAAGAGGUUGAGGGCCAUAUUGGUACAGCAGAGGUGAUAACAGAAAUUGAAAUAAAGCCAGAGCCCGAAUCAGUGCAUAUAACUUCAGAACAAUCACUUCCAAGUGAAACCAAUACAACAAGCAUUAAGCUUCAAACUAAACCUGAGAUUAAAAGUGGAGAUGAAUGUUUGGAGGAAAAUGAAGUCAGUGCAGCACAGGAGACCACAGAAGUGGAAGUGGGUGCAUAUAGGCCUACAAACGAGGCACUAGUGCUUAAGCAAAGGUUUGAAAAGCAAGAAGGACAUAUGGAUAUACCUGAGAUUGAAACUGAGGUUACAAGUAAACAGGGAAAAGUUGAAGAAAUCAAGGUAGAUGUUACAGAGGAAGAAAAGCGGGAGGUUGUCGCCACAAAAGAGACUGUUCAGAAUGAGAUACCUGCUGAGAACAGAGAGACUGAAAAAGAAAUGGUUGAUUCAAGUCAAGGAUAUAGCUGGACAGAAUUAUUAUUAGCUACUGAAAUGGAGCCUUCUGCUGGGGAAAGCAUAGACAUAGAGAAGAGCGUAAUAGAAGAUGCAGAAGAUGUAUCAAAAGUGAGACCUAUACCAACAAAAGCGGUACAGGUAGAAGAACAUAGUAAAGUAAAAGAUGUAACCGCAGGCCAUAUGGUAUUAGCCAGAGCGAUACCUGUGACAGAAACUUCUACUGAUGGGAAAAAUAUUGAGAAUAGAAUGUCACCUGUGGUGUCAACAGAAAAGGUACAGGGAGGAUGUGAGUGUGAGAUACAGAAAGAACAUAUGCAUGACACACAGAUUGAAGACAUAGAAGACCUACAAGAGCCUCCUUCACCAGUUGACGAAGAGGACCCAUCAACAAUGAGAGUUUCUCCUUUAGAGCCGGAAGUUUAUGAGGAUAUAUCCAGAGAUGGAAGUCUAAGAAAGGAUAAAGGUAUUUUCUCACAAUUACGAAGUUUUGCCCCACAAGAGGACCUCUCGGCCUUUAGCGACGAGCCAGAUUUGCUGCAGGUUAUUGCGGAAAAGCUAGAUUUUGAGAUGGUCACGGAACAAGAAGCAAGACAGUCGGAACAAGCAGUAGCUAAGAUCAAAGAGAAACAAGUUAAACUCGCAGAUCAAACUCUGGAAACAAGCUUUGAAUUUAUAGAGGAUUUAGAUGGUGGCCAGAUGUCAGAAUGUGAACAUCAAGAGGAGAUUGAAAUUCAACCAAUGGAUGCAUUCUGCGUUGUAUGUCGAUGCCCAAUUCUGCUGAGUGACGCUGAGCAUCAAAACCAUGAGACAUCCUCUUUGGACGAAGCCUUUGACAGUAUUAAGAGUCAGCUGAGUGAAUGGAUAUCGGAUUUACAAGGACGAUCGGAGGAAAUUGUGGACUUUGUAUCUGAGCUUGAGAUGGUGUACAACACAGUGGAGGAGAAUUUUAAUGAUUGUGAGAAGAUCAUCAAGGAGCACAAUGAUGAGGUGCUGAAGCUGGUCAUGGACCAGUAUAAUGAGAUGUCUCAAGCCAUGGAGGAGGAGAAAAAAGCCAAGCUGGAGCAGCUGUAUGACCAGAUUGUGUCUUUCCAAGAGAAUAUUGACAAAGCCAAAGAGACAAUGGAGAUGACAACAAAGGAUAUGGAAGAGACGGACCCACUUAAGUUUAUUUCUUCAUCAAAAGAUAUCAAUAUGAGGUUGAAUACAGCUUUGGAAUCCACCAUGUCACUGGAGCUUGGUCCACGAGGUUUGCUGGUUUUUGAGGAUUAUGCCAAGGGCAAAUCGGGCAAUGAGAAGAAAAACAGACAAGCCAUUCCAGUGCCUCAAAAACCACAUCUUCAGUCUCAAGAGGCGAAUUCUGCCACCAGCACUUCUGUCACUGUGUACUGGAGAGUCAGUGAAGAUGAUAUUAUUGACUGCUUCCAGGUCUACUGCAUGGAAGAGCCACAAGGAGCUAUCUCUGAGGAGUACCGGGUGACUGUGAAGGAGAGCUACUGUACUCUAGAAGAGCUGGAACCGGAUAAGUGUUAUAAAGUGUGGGUGAUGGCAGUGAACUAUACGGGCUGCAGCAUGCCGAGUGACAGACUACCCUUCAGAACCGCCCCCUCUGUACCUGUCAUCCAGAUGGAGCAGUGUACUGUGCUGUGGGACUCUGCCACACUGUGUUGGAGCUCUGUUCAGCCCAGUGCUGUGGACAGCUUCACACUGGAGUACUGCCGCCAGUAUGCAUGUGAGAGAGAAGGACUGAGAUCUAUAUCAGGGAUAAAAAGCUACAAGCAGAGGGUCCUUCUUCAGCCCAAUGAGAAUUACCUCUUCUACAUCAAAUCAGUGAAUGCCGGCGGAGCCAGUGAGCAAAGUGAAGCGGCCCUGAUCUCCACCAGAGGUACAAGGUUCCACUUCCUCAGCGAAACAGCUCACUCAGUGCUGAAGGUUUCAGAGGACAAGAACUCCGUAGAGUUCACACAGGACACCUACAAUAAAAUGUCCUCAAUCAUUGAAUAUCCAGCUAUUAUGGGUGAGCUCCUGCCUUCACUUGGAUAUUAUUACUGGGAGACAGAGGUGUCCAGGUGCAAGGCCUACCGUAUCGGCAUUGCGUAUCAUACAGCGUCACAAACCAGCACAUUGGGGGAGAACAGCACCUCCUGGUGUUUGCACUGUGUACCUACAUCUAUAAGCUGCAGAUUUGAGCUGCUUCAUGACCAUGUGGAGUCUGACAUCUUUGUAAUGGACGUACCUACACGUAUCGGCACUCUGUUGGACUACAGCCACGGUCUGCUCUUCUUCUUCAACGCCCAGACCGGGCAGCUCUUGGGCACCUUUCAGCACACCUUCACUCUGCCGUGCCACCCUGUCUUUGUCUUAGAGCAACCGGGUAACCUAGAGCUGAAAAUGACCAUGGACGUGCCAGAGUUUGCCAAGCACUGCUAGUUUACAUCACUCAAUGAUCUAGAUUGCUAGUGUGACAGGAUAUUUCUUUUUUUUUUCCAUUGACUCUUUCUUAAAGGUGCACUCAGUAAUUUUUUUUUUAAGUAUGUCGAAGAGGCUUACAUUGGCUUACACUGACACCUAGUGGCCUGGAUGCUGCAUCAUUCAAACACAGUAGUUUUCAGUUACCAAUGCCAUUGUAGAAAUUCACUAUGCACAGUAAGCCAGGAUUAAUUUAAUCCAUAAAUGAAAGUGUCCAAUAAUAGGGCUGUUACUGUGAUAAAGCAUGUAGUAUUCAGCUGGUCAUGUGAUGCUAACAUGGCUGCCCCAAUGAUGUGCCCUUGCCCCAUGUAGAAUAAAAGAGCUUUUAUAAGGUUACUGAUAUGACUGGACUCUUCAUCUCACAUGAGUGGUCAUGAUUUUAUACAUAAGUUUCAAAAUUACUAAUAAUUUCUUUAGAAGUAAAACUUUUUAAAUGAAGGGAAAAAAUUACUGAGUGAACCUUUAAUUAUCAGAGAUGCAAACAACUCACCUUUCAGCUAAAGUUACCUUUUCUGAAGCUAAUUUGCCCAAAUCGUUUGGAAAAUGUUCUACAUUUUUCCUUAUUAAAAAAGGGUUACUUUAAGCUUAAACACUUAAUAAAUAAACGAAAUAAAUAAUAAAACUAAUUAAAUAAACCAAACAAAUCAACAGAAACGUUCUCACCUUUUUACCGCUCAUGAGUUUGCAUCCCUGAAUUAUGUAUGAAACCAUAUUUUGCUGGCAUGACCGAAAGGAUUUUGAGAAAUAGUUAGUUUUGGCUAAUAUUGUGAAAGGAGGAAUUCCUUUUGAAGCUGUGCUUUUAAAUCCCUCCUAAACUAAUUUUGUGGUAUUGAGCUGUUGCAUUAUUUUUUUGUAUAUAUGAAACAAAACGUGCAUGCGACAAGUUUUAUUGUUAUAUUUGAUAAAUCCAGGUUCACUUGAUGAAAUAUAUAUUAAAUGUCAGUUAAUUUAUUUUUGAAGCUGCAAGCUUUCACUUAGAUUGUUUGAAUAAAACUAGUCUAAAAAUCUAAAACAGAUGUUAGCAAUAGAAAUAACAGGCUAUUCAUAGCUGAAUUUUCCCUCCGAGAAGACACGUGUUUUGAAAUAUUGAGCAAGGCGUUAAAAAUGAGCAAUGAAAAUAUUUUUUUGGUUUAAUCUGUACUCUAUUUUCGGUUAGAAAUUUCUAUUUAAAAUUGGUGCAGGUGAGAAUCUCUCUUCAUCAUAUACAGUAACAGAAGAGAAAUGCUUAGUGAAGUAAAUAAGUUGAUUUUGGUUUUCACUUCCAUGGAUCAUCAGAGCAUGAUUGGCCUAUUUAUUUUUCCUUAUCUUCUCUUAAAGGUCUAGAAUAGUCUACUCUGAUUUAGAAUAGUCUAAAUCAUUAUAGUUGCAUACAAGAAAAUACAUUUCAACCAUAUUUGUUGUCUGUCAUUUAAUUUUAAAGUUGUUUGUUCUGUUUUGUAAAACUAUUAUUAUUAUUUUCAAUUGGAGUGUUCUGUUUAAACAUUUAGUAGUGGUAUAAAGUAGUUUACUUGUAUAUUUAUUUGUAUUUUUGAAAAUGACUUGACUGAAUUACAGUUUUAAAGUGACAUAUGUUUUGAAAUGUUUGAACACCAGAGACAUUUUAUCAGACAAAGAGGAAUUCAUUUUAUUUUGUGUGCAGAAUUAUAUAUACUACAUUGUAAUUAAGAUUAAGAUUAAGAUAAUAUAGACCAAGAUAAGUUUAUCUUUGAUUCAGCUGAUUCAAAGUCUGACAUGUACUCAUGCAGGUCUGAAAUUAUUGUGAAACAAAAUUAAAUGUAAUUUUUACUGAACCGCUUAUUCAUAGUGCAAUGCAAUAUUGUUACAACUGGGUGCCCCUAUAGGCUAUGACCAUGGCUCCUUUUUUGUUGGCAUACACACCAGUUUAAAUGAUGGUAAUUUUUAGAGCAAAUAAUUUUUACAACAUCGAAAAAUUCCACAGAAAUGCACUCAGAAGUGUCUGACAUAUGGAUCGUGAAGGUGGAAUGAUACACAGCAACAUUUGUGAACAGUAAAAUCAGACAGAUGGUUUGCAGGUGGAACAAUGUGUACUGCAAUGUCAAAACACGCUGCCACAUUACCAAAACUUUGAGUUAACUUCCCAGAAACUUAAAGUGGAAAGAACAAAAUAACAAGGGAAAACAGGACCAAAUGCACUUUAUACAGAUGUUUAACACUUUUAACCCAUCAAAGGGGAAUUUCAAUUAAUCGAUUAGCUUGGUUCCUUUUUUUAAUCUGUUUUUCUA